AUGGCACCAACAAGUUCAAAAAAAUUCAAUUCUAAACUUGCAGGACCAACAUUGCAAAUCAUGAAAGUUUUAGGACCAAGCCCUCUAGGAUCAAACCCUCUAAGGGCAAGCUCUCUAGAAUCAACUCCUGCGACAUCAGCCCCUCCAGUUUUGGGCCCUCCCAAAGCAGGCCUGAACUUGCACCUAUCAAAGCCUGAACUAAUGCCCAUCGCAUCGCGACCAAUUCCCCUCAGAACUUUGAUCACCCUCCUCAACUACGAGCGCGUAACCUCGGAUAUUCGAUAUGAGAAUUUCAGUCUUUACCAUAGCUCAGAAAUGGAAAGUAGAGAAAAAAUCAAAAAGUUCAACACAGCGUAUACAGAGGGAGUGCGAUGUUUCUGCUACGACGACAGUCCUUACCCACCAGAUCAACAAAAAUGGCGACAAACUACCUGCAGAGUACACCCUGAAGCACCUCCUGAAACACGACGGCUAAAUUCCGCACAGCUUGAGCGCGCAUUCUAUGAGUCUCGGAGUGCAGAUUGGGGUCCUGGAUGUGAGAUUAUGUUUCAGCUUUUCUUCAAUUUUUGUGGGAAAGAUCAACAAGUGAAAAUUCAAAUCAGCGAUGAACAACCAGUUUUGGUGGAUGCCUCUGGCAUAUACUUAAUGAAAUUUAUGUUGUACCGUCCGAGACAUCGAAAUCUCAACGGGAAACAUGAAAAGCCAAAUGGUGUCUUCCAAAAACUGAUGUGGGAAAAUUACAUAGGAAGCGUUCUGGUCUUCCCUCCACCGAUGAAUACGGGACCAUCGAGUAACGGCGAGGAAGUUUCUGUCGAUUUGGAUGAUUGCUUUGUGUUUGAUAUGCUACAUAUGCGACAUGGUAAGAAAGGAUUAUUUGAGGAGCCUUACUUUCUGGGCAAUGGUAGGCAGUGGCAAAAUUUUAUGGACGUCAAUGUUUGUGAAGAUUUUACAAUAUUUGACGAGACAGUGCUACUCAGUUUGACAGAGAGUCGAGAAAAGUAUUCUAAGGAGACUUGGAAUUGGUUUUAUAAUCAUUCACUAAGAGCCUUUCAUAGAUGGAUAGCGAAUGACCAAAAUCCAAAUUUUCUAUGGUGCGACUAUUGUGGAAUCGGAGGAGCAAAAUUUAUUAGAUGUUGUGGAGAGGGGGAUGAAAUGACCAGGUAUUGUAGUGAAGAGCACAGACAGAGAGGAUGGGCGUUACACCGGUUCACUUGUAAGAACAAGGCCGAGAAUAUGUAG